AUGUCUUCCGUUAAUUUCAUCGUUUUUCUUUUACUAAUUUCCUUGAUUUGCUUGCAUUCCUUGGUAGAUUGUGGAAUUAUAGGCCUUGCUGGAGCUCCAGUUGAAGCCACAUGGUGCGCAGCACUCGGCAAAGAAUCAACUCAUUGUCCUCAAGGAGCUAAUAGUAAUCCACUUGUGGGACUUGCGGGGGGACUUACUGGUUAA